CAGGGAGAUGGACAGAGUACGCAUGACGGUUUCACCAUUUCUCAAUGAUUCCCUUCAUGUCGCUUACCCUCUCCUGGAUUUAGUCAGCUACCGAUAAAACCCUCGGGCCGCCGGAAGGAAUGUCAUUCCAGCCCCUCUCAACCAUCACGAGCCCAUGCUUUUCAUCUUUCUGACGGACCUGACGGGAGAACAGUGUUAUAACCUAAGAUGGCCGGUCCACAGUCUUCGCGUGUUGGAACGGUCCGUCGCGCCAAGGCUUGCAAUACAUGCCGACGAAAGAAAACCAAAUGUGACGGCAAACGGCCGAUUUGUUCGUCAUGCCACGCCUUUAAUUUCUCAUGCACUUUUCAGGAUACCUUGAAGGAACCGAAUCGGUCGAGCCGUGCUUACGUUGCGGAUUUAGAGCGACGCGUCCAGAGUAUGGAGGAGCAAUUGCAGCAUCAGAGUCCAUCAAGAACGCUGCAUGAAAACCCAGUCAAUCUGGAUGACCAGUCGACCCCAGACCCAGGUUCUCCGACCCUGAGAGAUGGAUCUGAGAUUGAUUCGAUCCGGGCAGGUAAUCAUACUUCUCGCGAGAGACGCCCUGACGACGCCGGCGACGAAGAUGGCAGUACGGACUACGACAGUGGAAUUGAUCAAACAUCCUACGUCAUUAACGGUAGGGAUGGCCGAAUGCGAUUUUUUGGAGCCUCUUCAGGGCUCUCAGCGGCCGCGGCCCAUGCGACAAGCCGGGCAACCGGACCGGGGGUGACAGCAUGGCGCCCUGCCGUCAGAAAAGGCGCAACGCAAUGGCAGUUGACUAGCUGGUUUCCUCGCGUUUUACAAGAUGACUUCGAAAAACGUGCGUUUCAGCCACUCCCCAGCAAAAACAUCACUACGCGGCUAGUGGAUGAGUAUUUCGCAGAUCUCAACCAAGCCAUCCCGUUAUUUAACAAAGCAUCGUUUAUGAUGUUAUUGGAGAGGCAGUUUUCAUGGAGUCCGGACGAAAGUCCUUCAUGGUGGGCCUCACUGAAUGUUGUCCUGGCAUUCGCAUACCGACAAAGAGCACAAACAACGGAUGAAAGCGGCGAGAGCUGGCAGCUGUCUCUAGGGCACAUAAAAAACGCGAUGAAUGUGGUAGUAGAGUUUUUCAUGCGUGCUGCAGACCUUCUUACUGUACAGGCGAUGCUAGGAUUGGCAAUCUAUUUUCAAGGAACACCAAAUCCUCAGUCCUUGUUCAUGUUCGCGUCGGCAGCAAUGCGUCUAUCACAAUCAAUUGGUUUGCAUCGGGGUUUCACCUUUGGACUGACUACACCUGAAGUCGAGGAAAGGAGACGGGCAUUCUGGGUUGCCUUCGUUCUAGACGCAGAUAUCUCCCUCCGAGUCGGUCGUCCGCCGGUCCAAGACGAGCAUGAUUACGACACGCCGCUGCCGGCCGAGAGUCCUGUUGAUGGUAAAGGAAUCUUGACACUGGAGGAGGCUGAAAUUAACUUCUUUCGUCUGCUAUCGCAGCUUUCUUUAAUACAGCGGCGCAUGUAUCAACACCUCUACGCCGCGUCGGUCCAACAGCAGCCAAGAGCGAGCCUCCUGAAAGAAGUAAAGGGAUGUGAAGAUGCCCUGGUGGAGUGGAAGCAGUCUCUUCCCAUAACCUUUGAGUCCUAUUCAACCUCCUCUCAAAUCUCGGCCUCUCAGCAUAUUCUGCGCCUCAAGUUUGCCUAUUACUGCUGCUAUGCGAAUCUAUACCGAGCCAGAGUCUUCGAGUCUUCAUACCAAUGGAACGUCCUUUACUUUCCAGCUGCAGCUUCAGGAACGUUAGCACUUGGGAUAUUCAUGACGCCGGGCCAUGAAACAGCUAGCCAUGAUCUUUCGCUGAUUUGCGAGACAAUAGACUAUCUCUCUGAGAUCUCCACCCAGGAGCCUGGGACUUAUGUUGAUCAUGUCCUCAGCGUAUGCGCUGAGUUUAAAGCUGCUAGCAAAAGAGCACUCGAGCAUCGACCAAGGAGCACGCAUCAGCGACUAGGAAAUGCACAUCCGAUGGAUGCUGAAAAAGUGUCGAAUGUAUCCAUGUCUCGAGCUUUUAUGAAUGAGGAAGGCAUGGAUGCUGCUCCAUCUACAGAGCCAAUCACUUCUUCAGAGAGUCUGAACAGCGGCACAACUCACAUGGAGCCAUUGAAUAGCGACCUUGCACUUUUUGACGUGGCAUCUGAUCCAGUGAUGAACUGGCAAUGGUCGAUUCCUCCAUUUUGGAAUUGGCAAGACAUGAUGAGUGGAGCACCAGGUCCCGGAAUGGGAAACGAGAAUUCACCAGAUUUCCACGACCAAUCAUUGGGUGUCUAGAGUUCUAUCCUUUGUGUACAGAUAUGUUAUAUUUACAAAUGCUGAC